AACCAGACAUCGCCUGUCGAUCGCCGUUCUGGAAAGAGGAAAAGUUUGAGAAGUUUAAGUUUUGGAGUGCCGGGGUUGUGCCGGAUCUGCGAAAAAUACUUAAUGAUUUGUUUUGGUUUUUGAGUUCAGGACUGCAACACUCGUUGAAGGAGGAGAAGCAGUCAGGAUCGAACGGUGCUAGGACCGGAUACGCAAGCGGGAAAGAAUGUCAGUUUCGGGCGGGCGACUAUAGUUGCCAUGGCGACUCAGUUCAAUAUUGACGACGCCUUCUCCCUGGACGGGGACGAGGAGGCCGAGGUCGGGAGAGAGGGGGCUGAAGGCGGUUCCAGGUUUGGGACGCUCAGCUUCACACGACAGUCUGCCAACACGGGACCAGCCAAAACUGCGAACACGACCAUCGGGGUGUCUUCCUCCGCACAGGCUGACCAGUCCAGCCUGAAAUACCAGCUCUCUCUCAGUGCAGUGUUAAUGUACUGGAGUGUCCAGUCAGUGUCUGUAUUAACCUCUCUGUCUCUCAGGGAUCCCAGCUCUCUGUCCACUCGAAGCUCUCAGUGGUCCUUCAGUACUCUGAGCUCCAGCACCCAGCGGUCCUAUAGGGAGUGUUUCAGCUGGACACGACACCCCCUGAUCCUGAAGAACAGGAGAGUCGUCUGCGCCUCCUUCCUGCUGCUGUUCACUGGACUGGGUCUGUCCGUCUCUCUGUCCGUCUGUGUCUCUCUGUCUUCUCCUCGGUCUGUCUGUCUGUGUCUGCGGCUGGGGUGGCUGUGGUUUAGGGGUGACGUCUGCGGUGGGGGGACAGUGUGGUUUAGGGGUGACGUGUCUGCAUCGGUCCUGGUAAGUAAUAACCUGUCUCUCUUUCUCUCAGUGUAUCAUGUCAUCUUUAUCUACUGCGCUGUCCAAGGGAAGAGAGGAUUCCGGUUCUUCUACCUGCCUUACUUCGAGAAGUGACAUUUGAAUUCUUAACCUUUGACCUCCAAGACAUGUUUGAACUCUCACCUCUCUGUGACAUCUUUGAUGUACAUAUUUGUUUAAAACACAUCUUCACUAUGGGUAUUUUCAGUUUUUAUGCAUUUACAUUUAUUCUGCAUUGUGUCUAUUUUGAACUGCAGAAUAAAAGUAAAUUCAAAUAAUAGUAAUUCAGGUUAUCUGUUCCUCCUUCUCUGACACAUCACUUUCACCGUAAAGUCUGGAGUGUCUCAGACUGCUCUGUUAGUGUCAAUUCAGUAUGAUUAUAAUCUCACUUAAUAACUAAUCCAGCUAACAGUAAAGUCAGUCCAAUACAGCCUGGAGUGUCUCAGACUGCAGUCAUUGUCACUGGGAGUCCAAUUAUAGUCCCAGUUAAUAACUAAUCAAGAUCACAGUAAUGUCAGUCCAGUACAGCUUGGAGUGUCUCAGACUGCUGUCAGUGUCACUGGGUGUCUAAUUAUAAUCCCAGUUAAUAACUAAUCAGUAUUUUACCUAAUUACUGUAUUUCUACUUUUUCUUUUUGUUUUUGAGUUUCCUGUUUUGAUUUUAAUAUUGCAAUGAUUCAUUCGGGAGUGUCGUAUAGCACAAUCAUGGGUUUUAUCACUACAGUGGAAAGGAAUGACUGGCUUCUUCCAGUGUCCCUGUUCAUGAACUUGUUGUGUGAUUCCUUAAUGGCUCUGAUGUACUGUGGAACAACCACUGAGUGUCUGUCUGUGGGAGUGACUGUCUGUCUGCCUGUUUGUGUCUCAGUGUGUCUGUCUGUCAUUUACAGAGUGAAAACUUCAUGUCUCUGUACCUGUGCCAAAAUAAACUGAGGAUGAAGCUGACAAUAAAAAACUGAGAAAAAUAAAAAAUGAUCUGUG